AUUGUUUUUGUUCUAACAUCUCUUAAAGCCAAGUUUUACACACUAGUCAUUGACGUCACCAAAUCACAUUUUAUUUGAUGAUAUCGUUUUCCAGAAAUUUUUAUCUUUCUUUCGCUGACAAGAUGCCACUAGCUUAGCUCCAAACAAAGCGGCAAAAUAAGACCUUCAGCUAGUUUGGUGAGAUUCUGUUCAAAUGAUUAUUGGCAACGAAAUUUGAGACCAUUUCUUCUGGUUUGUUAAGAUUUUUCUUCAGAUAAAUACUUGGCAGGUAUUUAAAAUUGAUGGUUUGAUUACCUGUGGAGCAGAGGAAGAAGAUGAACCAGCUUCUUGAGAGAGAGAGGAACCGUGGUAUGAACUUUCUGAACCAUCAGAUCAUUACGGUGAUAGAGUCAGCAUCAGACUUCUUCACAGGUAGACUAACAAAGAAGGAGAGAAAGGGAACAAAUGCAUCUGAGGUGUUAUUUGAUCUCUCCCUUGCUGACUACAGGGUUGUGAUGCUUUGGUCCUCUUGGUUGACAGAAAUGGUGAUAAAAACUUCCAUCGAGAGGCAGGUCAUACCCAAUCAGACCUUGAGGGGUUUUGACAAAAUUGAUUCCAUCAAGGAGGAGCUUGAAAAGGCUUGCCCAGGGGUUGGACAACAUUCAUUCAUAUUUCAAUAGACACCUAAUCUUAGGCGCCUUGCCCUCUUUGGUUUCAGCAUUCCUUGCCACGUUUGCAGCUUCAUCUUCUUCAAAUGAUCAUAUUUCUCUCUUUCUCUUCUCCCAAAUCAACAAAAAAGGAAAUCUAUUGAAAGGUACCCAGGGGCAGUGACAACACUAGCCCAAGAUUCCACGACUGGAUGAUAACAUAAUACAAACACUUCACCUUUUUGCCCAUAGAGGUUUUGAUGAAAGAGAAAUAGUCAGUCUUCUAGGUGAACACAACAUUGGGAAGAUUGACUGUGAAUUCAUACAGAAACGCCUUUCUGACUUCAAGGGGACCAGGCAGCCAAACCCAACUAAAUCUCCUGAUUUCCUCACUGAGAUGAAGAUGAGUUGCCAAGAUAGUAAUAAAAAGGUCAAGUCUGACGGAACUGCUCCUUGCUUUUGGUCAGUUUCUAAGUGACAGUCUUGACCUUAAAGAACUCUUGAGAUCUUUACUCUUUCAUAUUAAUUUCCCUUAUGUUCUAUGUUUGAUUGUAGAUCCCUGCUUUUACAUUUAUUGCUUGUGCUAAUUUGAGUCUAUAUAUAAAGGCAAUGGCAUCAUUGGUCAUGGUUACAAUGAUGAAAUAGCUAGUUAAAAUUGCAUAUAAAUAUUUUUUGGUUGUUGAGUUCAUUUGAAAUAUAGAAUUCUAAUGUUUUGAAUGUUAUCAAAAGUUCAGUAAUAUUGGCGGAGCUCAUAAUGUAUGUUGCGAUGAUAAUAGCCAAAUUAAUUUCAAUUGGGUGUUUGCGUUUCUAACAAGUUUUGGCUGAUUAUUCAUCAUCUAAAGGAGAUGUUAGUUGAUUCAUUUUGAGUUUGAACUUUAGAACUAGGAAAGUCUACAAUUCCAUUUCUUGAAACAAAGAAAUUGAUUUGUCUAUAAUUUUCUUUAUUGCUUUGAUCACCAAGUAGAAUUUAAAAGUUUCUCAUAGGAAUAGCUUUUAAUUAGAUGCCAUUAUGUUUUAUUGUCAUCAAUUAGUAUUCAAUUACACUUUUCGUGGCUGCUGUUAUGCACGUUUAACAAUGCUAUAGUUGGGAUCCAUUCACCUGAAUCUAACCCAUAAUUUUCACUCAACAAGUUACACUUCUUGUAUGACACUGCUAUGCUACAACUUGAAUUUACAUUUUCCUUCACCUUAUUUCAUUUAGUGAAUCUACCAUCAAUCUAGCAGGUUCUCCUUAAUGGCUUCAGGUGGUACUGAUUAUAGUUAUGUUUUCCUCAAAUUGGUUAUAGUUCACGGAAUAAGCAUUUUUAAUUUGUGCCUAGGAGGAGAUAUUUCUUGUUAUGGAUGUCUUCAUU